ACUUGUUUGAUGAUGCUAGUAGCGACGAAGAGGAGGAGGAUAAACAAGUUUACAUACCAACUAAUAUAGAUAUUGAUGAAAUUAAAAUUAAUUUAUAUCAUGCAAAAAACCGUUAUUGGCCCCAAUUAACAUCACCAAGUUCACUUUUACUUUGCCUUCUGGAUCCAAGAUAUAAAAGUCUUUUUUUUAUCAUAUUUGAUAAAUGGUUUACUACAGAAA